GCGAACGCAUUGCGGCGCGAGCAAAAUAAAGUUAAGUUAUAAGUACAUAAGUUAAAGUAUAUGCGAUAGCAGCGCUGAUGCAGUACAGCUUAUAUUAGAAAACUGAACACGCAUCGAUUAAAGGAUCUCGCUUUUUCUCUCUCCAUUUAUUUAGCUGCUGCUGUCAUAAUUUCAUCCACCGUUGUGUCCGAAAGAGAGUAAACGCUAAGAGCUUUGCACCGCUCCGCGUCGUUGACGGGUUUAUUUUUAGUCCGGACCGAAGGCCCCGCCCACACGCGGUUCGGCUGCCGUGGAUCGGACGCCGAGGAGGGACUCACCACUGCAGUCUGAAACCAUGGCAGAGGAAGUAAGACGCAUCUUUGGGAAUAGCACGUUUUUCCAUGGACUUCUACCUCUCAUGGGGCUUCUGUUGAGCGUCUGCACCGGUGUGUGGGCCAACAAGGUUGUGGUUCCAGAGCAGGUGACUGCAGUGCUGGGGAAAAACGUUACUUUGACCUGCAGAGUGGAGGUCAGCACAAACCUCAGUCUGACCCAGAGUUCCUGGGAACGCCGUCUUCCCUCCGGCACCGUAACUUUGGCUGUCUUCAAUCCCCAAUACGGGAUCUCCGUAGCUGACGAGUACAGCAAACGAGUGCACUUCAUCAAGCCCUCAGUGCAUGAUGUAUCCAUUGUCCUGCACGGCGUGGGGUUUGCAGACAUCGGGACAUACACUUGUAAAGUCGUCACGUUCCAACUUGGAAACAUGCAAGCAUCUACAACUGUAGACAUUAUGGUGGAGCCAAAGGUCUACGUGUCUCCUGGCUCCUUGUCUCUGUCGGAUGGAGAGGGUGAAACUCUGGUGGCGACAUGUACAGCUGAAAGGGGCCGUCCGGCAGCAGAGGUCUUCUGGGAAUCAGACCUGCCAGGCAAGACGGAGGUCGUCACGCGGCUGGAGCCCGAAGGCACUACCACUACUCUAGUACGCUACAAUUGGGCGCCCACCCGGGACGCUUUUGGCCGGUCCCUCAGCUGCGUUGUACGUCACCCGGCCCUAUCCAAGGAUUUCCGCAUUCCCUACCGGCUCAAUGUGUUUUUUGCUCCAGAUGUUAUGGUGAUGGGCCAGCAGGACUCGUGGUACGUGGGACAAAGAAAUGUACAGCUGGACUGUAGAGCCAAUGCCAACCCACCUGCUCCCUUUUACCUCUGGACCAGACUGGACGGCCCAAUGCCUGCAGGUGUGGACUCUUCUAAUGGCAGCCUGGUGUUUACUCGUCCUUUAGAGCCGAACGACUCUGGACAAUACAGGUGUGAAGUUCAGAACGACGUUGGACAGAGCUUUAAGGAUGUACGCUUCCUGGUACAAGAGCCGCCCCCGACCACUGCAGCCCCCAGCACCACCAGCACCACCAAAUCCAUCCACCCUGACACCAGUGUAACCAUCACAGCUCCCAUCAACCACCAUGCCCACUUCAGCGCCCCGACUCAAGCCUCUCGGCCGGACGGCGGUCUGGGAACCAUCGUGGGCGGCGCUGUCGGCGGGAUCCUGAUCCUGGUGCUUCUGAUGGCGCUGGCGGGGGCCUUCUACAUGCGCCAGCGCCGAACAUUCAGAGGAGACUACUACACCAAACAAUACAUCGGCCCGUCCGACAUGCAGAAAGAGUCUCAACUGGACGUCCUUCAACCCCACGAGCUUCAGGACGUUUACGGAGACGACUCGGGCAACGGCAGCCAAGACUUGAAGCCCAAACCCGAAGGAGACAUUAUCUAUCCCGAUUAUCCCAGCGACCACAAAGACGUGGAGAGCUGGGGAGACAAUCUCAGCCUUCAGAGAGAGGGCACGUAUUACUCGGACCACCACAACCACCAUAACGUGAACCCCAGCGGGCCGCCGCUACACAACGGCUCCCCCUACCUGCAGGACGAGUGCUACGACAACGGCACAGACAGCGACUACGUCUCUCACGUGGACGGAUCUGUGAUUUCUCGCAGGGAAUGGUACGUUUGAAAAGGCAUACCGGACAACAAUAAUUUAAAAUCAGCAAGAAAGUGUUAUUUAACUCAGCAGAGUGAGAUAAAAGCGUACGUUGGAAACGCGUUUCAUGUAUUCUUCGCGCUCCGUUUGCGAUUUCAUCUUCGCGUUUUUUUUACACAUGGCAAACGGCUGUAAUUUACUGCAGAUAUGGUUUAGUUUCGGUGGACUGCUGUGACUUCAGGAUGUACAGGGAGAGGUUUACAUGGUUUAUGAUCAUAGGGUGGAUUUACACAAAGAAAACAAGUCUGCUAAAAUUAAGCUACACUUUGUGCGUAACCAUUCCAGUUACCACAUUGCACAUGACUGUUAGCUUUAAAACCAGGUGCAGCGUAUUCUUGGUACCUUCCGCUCGCUUUUUUUGUAUUAAAUGUACACAUAUGACUUCUCCAGUGUAGGAGCAAAACAUGACUUUCACAUUUUAUAUUUUCACACCAAGAGACACAUGAACUGAGUUUGAUUUGAUUACGUUCUGAUUUGUUCUUUCUUUCUAAUCAGUAUUUUGAUCUAGUUUUCGAGAGAAAAAAAAAAUCUAAAUUUGUUAGGAUAUAUUAAUAUUGAAAUUAAUAAUACAAAUAUCUUUAAGAUAUUUUCUGAGAAGCAAAAAUUGUAUAAGAUAACAUACUUUGGUGUUCCAUUAAAGAAUUUGUUUGUAUUUUAUUAUAUUAUUAUUAUUAUGUUAAUAAUAAACGGGUAUUAUGCUAAGUUUACUUCUCUGCCAAAUUAAUUGAAUAUAUUAAAAUUAUACGUUUUUUGCAGAAAAAAAGUAUCUUAUAUGAACUUUUGUUAAGAUUUAACAAACUUUAAAAGUAAGUAACAAUAAUAAUAAUAAUAUCUUUAAAAUAAGAUAAAUUGUUCUCGAGAAGAAAUUGCAUAAGACUGCAUAAAGAUUUAGGCAUUCCUUAGAAGAGAUAUAAUUAUUAAUAUUGUUUUAUUAAGUUUAUGUUUAAAACAAGAAAGAAAUUCUAUUAUGCAUGUUUUAUGCAUGUUUUUCCUUCUCAGUACAAUGUAAUUAAUUAUUUAAAAUACAAUUUUUCUCUGAAGAAAGAACAAAAAUACUGAUUAACCUUUUUUUUUUUAACCCUUGUAGCUUGUUUAACCCGACUCAACACAUGCAAUUCAAACCAGCUGCUGUAUGUUCUGAUGUAUUUCAUCACUCCCCUCCUACAGCAGUGUCUUUUUCAUUAAUGGAUAAGUUAGAGAGCAACGAAAGCAGUCCCGAAGAAGGGUUUAAUGUGGUUGUACUGAGGACCUGUCACAGGCUGAUGGGGGGUUGACGUCCGCCGUGCCAGUUCAAAACGACCACUUUCGGCCCCAGUGGUUUUAACGAAGCCAUGUGGCCUUUGCCAGUUUAGUUCACUCCUUUUAAUUUUAUGCUGAUUUCUUUUUUUCUCUCCAUCUCUCCACCCUUCUUACUCAUACACUCCCAACCCAAGUCGAGAGCUUCUGAUUUCCCAAAAUAACCCGUCUGUCGCGCAGCAGACAUGUGCCGCAUGGGCUUCCUCUAGCGCGCCUCACCUCAAACAUCCAACUUUGUAAUUAAUAUUUUCUGUCCUCUCGUUCCGUUUCGUCUCCGAGUUACACCGAGCAUCUGUUCGCCAGAAUGCAAGGUUGUUUUUCUCCGAGGGUCUCGAUGGUCACACGUUUGCAUGCCGGUUGAAAAAGAUACGGCAGUUGCUAAUGCUUGGAUUCAGUGUUCAUAAAUCAGCGGCAGUGUUGCUACAGCUGCAGUACGGCCUGUUUUACGUUUUCAAGAUAAAAGUCUUUUUUUUUUUUUUUUUUUGUUCAACAAUUUGGGCUGCUUCUCAGCUGUAUCUUAAUGAGGCAGUUAUUUGUAUCGCUAAUUAUAAGCAGGAAAGUCUUGAAUCAUGUUACAAAGUCCGUAUCGUAAGAGUUUACCACACUGUAAAAGAAUUUGGAGGACAAAACUCAACAUUUCAUGUUCAUUGUUGCAGAAAUUAAUAUAAAACUUAAUUUUGAACUCCACAAUUUUUUAUAGUGCAUUCAGUCCCAUUGUUUUAUUAUUUCACUUGCCUUUUUUCUAAUUUCACCUGCAAAAGGUUUUAUUUUAUUUUUUAUUAUUUUUAUUUUAUAUUCUGUAUUUUUUUUUUGUUGGCUCUUGCCAGAAAACACAUUAAAAUGUGUUCAUUUAACUACAUAAAACAUUUCUUUCUUUUGAAUAAAUGUAUAUGUACAAGCAUAGUGCCUUUGGCCGUACAUAAAAGCAUCAGAUAUUUCUUUUUUCACUAUUCAAUGACACCCUUUUCUGUUCUGUAUUCCUGAAGUGUUAUUUGUGUUACUGUUAUACUGUAUUUUCUGUAUUUGCCUUUCUUUAACAAGACAGCUCUUGUUUUAAAGUUUAAAAGCACCAGCAAUGGUGCAAACUCACUGGAUAUUUACAAUAGUAGCACUUCUAAGUGUUACAAUGGCCAGUUGCGGUAUAUAUUAUUUUUUGUACAUAUUCUGGCAGGAGAUAUUUGUCUAUGGAAUAAACAUAUUUUUAUAUAAGGCCAGAACAUUAGGCAGAGGAUGUUCACGCUUACUUAACAUGUGCUUUGUAUCUUCCCAUGUUCAUUUUUUUAUAUUUAGUUCUCAGGAGUUUGAAAGAUUAUUUUGUACAUAUUAGAGUUAUACAAAUGAUUGAUGACUUGCGAAUCAUUUUGGAAAUGAGGGAAAGAUGUCGCUUUGUUUUUGAUGCCUUCUGUUUAUAAUAAAAAAGUUCUUUUUGAACGUG